UCUAUGAAAGUGCCGUAUCCAUUACAAGGGCGCCUUGGAACUUCCAAAGCAUUCUGUCAUUCUGACUUCUGAGUUGGGGCAAACGCUGUUUGUGCGUCUUCUAUAAUGCAGUGGCCUCGGGCUGACUCAGCUGUAAUGCAGUAGCUAUGGGCAUGGCCUCCAGGGUCGGUGCGGCGGCAAUACCGCAAGCACCGCGCCCACCGCGCAGCCCGCCGACGCACCGCUCGACCUGUCACCUUCACGGCCUGGCACAUCGAAGGCCCCUGUUCACCAGCACACACAUCGGUCAGCCGUUGACGGUCUGUGCAUGCGCUGGCAUGUGGGCAGCACGGCCGUCAUGUUGCGGGGUUGCCGCGCGGUGGGAGGCAUUCGGCGCGACACAGGAAGGCACUGCUGGGACAUGCAUGCAGCAUGCGGUCAAGGGCUAGGUGCCGACGCGCCCUCCACAUCGCACGCGGACGUGGAGCAUUAAGUGGCCGGCCUGGGAGCAAUCUGUGCGGCUGGCUAUGGCUACGCAAGAUGGACUCUGAGGCAUGCAGCUUUGCAGCCGCCAACCGGACGAGCUUCCCCUGCGGGCGGCGAGACGACUCCGUCACCCAGGCGGGCGCUAGAGGCGUCCGCGUCACCGGUACUGCAGGGGCACUGCCGGAGGGUGGGAAAGUUGCCUAGCGCAGGCAUCUGGACUGCCGCGGCGACCCGCCCCAGCCAGCUUCGAACGCCCGCGCACGCAGCCAAAUUUGGCUCGGCAGGGUACCCGGCUCACCCUUACAACCAGAGGCCACCGGCAACUUUUCGGAUUUCCUACCCUCCUGCACUGCCAGGCCGUGUGCCAGGCCAAGAACGGCAGACGACCAGGCGGCGUGGGCGCCCCGGCGCCACUAGGCCCCCGCUUUCGAAUGACUAGGUGCAUCCCUUCUUGCAGCUUGCUUCCUGGUCGUGGGGCAUGGCGUCAGUGUGGGAUAGGGACCUCGUCAGCCAGGAGGAAGGAGUCGCUUGCGCGCAGCUUCAUUCUGUACUGACGCGGCCCUUUUGCAUUGAGGCAAGGUGCCCGACCUUGGAAAACGGUGCAGGCAAAUGCUAUAAACCCUGCAAACGACGAGUGCAAGGGCGCUUGCGGCGUGUGAAUUGGCAAGUAGUUUGUACUUGUUGUCAGUUGGGGCCCGACCGAGUGCGGUCGCUCGAAGCUUGCCCGGGCCCGAGUGCACAUGACACGGUCGAUUAUUUUGCAAUUUUGUUGAUCAAACACGACUUUAGAGGCGUUCCGCUAGGCCGGUCUGUCUUGGAAUCGAUAUGCUAGGCUAUCCACAUUUAGUUCGCGGGUCGUGUUACGUUAUUGGCAUAGAGUUGGCGCUAGCGGCGCGGGCAAUUUAGUGGUCGUGUGGACAGGAGGAGUCGCUGACCGGGAUCCAUGCCGGCCUCCAGUCACGCGCUCGCACCGAAUAUG